AUGGUCGUAGCUGAGCUUAAACGACUAUUACCGGAAAUACCCCAAACCCGGCUUAUCCCAAGCGAGAAUAUCGUUGACUUUCUUGAACCACGAGAAUUAUGGGCGAAGCCGGGUCUACUGGAGGUUUUAGUGGACCCCCUGUGCAUAAGACAGCUUAGUGAGAACCAGAAGGAAUAUGGCGAUAUAUGGCAAGAAAUGUUGGAUGAAAUUAAUACUGUUGAUCUUCCAAACGAAGUGACAAUUGAGAAGAUUACUUCCGGUGACUCGAGCCAAGAAGUGUCACCAUUUUUAGCAUACUUAAUGGAGCACACGAAGGCUCCUGAUCUUAACCUUGUCGAAGCGAAGCCAAUACCAUUUGGGGCUCCCCUUGACAUCAACCAAUUUCAUUCCGAAACCAAAAAGCGAGCAACUGCGUACCCCACGCCACCGCCUUCGAAACGUCCUCGCAAGCUGGAUAUCGUCCCUUCGCCGAAGAAACCCUUCAAAAUCAGAGAUGGCGAUGACUCUAUCGAAUACCUACAAAAGCUUAAUCGCCAUAUUGCAUUGCAAGAGUUUGAUCUUGCUGACCUUCAACGCAUUCUCAAAAAUUGUGAGGCCAUAAUUAAUGAAACUACGGACUGGGAAAAUGUCGCCGCUGCGGCUCAAGUCAUUACUACCGUAUUGCUGAAUAACUUGGAUAAAGUCGUGUUACAUGUCGAUAAGUGGUACGAGGCGGUGAUGUCAGUCAUCAAAACCGGGAUCUAUGACUCUGGGGACUAUGAGACACUGGCUAAGCUUCUACACGAAGUGCCAUCGCAAUCCGAAAAUGCCGUCACUCUUGAGUACUUUUGCUUUGACGUGAUCUUUGGCGAUUUUACUCAUGAAGGGCUUCGUCACGCUGCUACUCUGCUUUUGGUGAAUUUAUUCCACAGGUUUGAAGACCAGCGUGAGUUCAUCCUUGAAAUGGUUGCCAAACGGGCUGACAUCGGUGGCAAACUUAAGUUAGCUCGUGGGGGUACUGUUCUGUUGACCACAGCGUUAUUUGUGAUGAUGAUUCAAACCAGAAGCAACAUCGCUGAGCUCGGGGCGUUUGUGUGUAGUCAACUACCGUCAAUGACUCACUUUAUGGAUGACUUACUAAUUCUCCUUGAUCUUCCAGAAUGGCCAGGAGCGGAACAAAUGGUGGCGCUGGUUAUCACUCAUAUUGGCACCAUGGUGGUGGGAUCGGAAGAGAUCGACAUUUUGGGUAAGUUUUGCCUUAAAUGGGCAGAGACUCAUCUGAUUGUUGGUCGUCUCGAUGCUAUAGAACCCUCAGUUAAUGGUUUGAGAGGAUACCUUAGGGAGUUUGGUAAGCUGAACCCGCGAUACGCCGACGUGUAUCAAUAUCAUGAGGAGACUGAACUGCCAAUUAAGCGACUUGAUGAGUACUUGGCGAAGUCAACUUGGCAGCGGGUGUGGGUUACUCGUCUCCAGGGAGUUUACGUCGAGGCGUCGUCGAUCUUAAUUCAUACCCCAGGGGCUAGGCUUCAAGCAAAAGCGGUGAGAACGCUUACGCAACUUCUUGAACAUGAUCGUCACCUUGUUUCUGCGGUUCUGGCAGCGUUCCCAGGAUAUAAAGAUGCGGCUGUCACGAUGAGAGACGCUUUGCUUGAUCUUGUGUCUAAACUUCUUCAGCUUGGAGCUAAAUUUGACGAUUUUGCUAAAGUGUUGGCUCAGUUCUUGGAUGAUGAUAGUGCCCUAGUCAAAAAGCGUACUCUCAAGGUUAUUGUUGAUCUUUGGGACCAAACAGCACCCCAACUUCAAACGUUAUUGGUUUAUAAGCUUGUGCAACACGCUGUCAAUGAUGAAGAUGUUGGCUUUCGGGAAAAAGCCGGCCAGGUGGUAUCGUUGAAACUCAGUGGAGACAUCAUGAUGUCAUUAGUGAAACUACCAGCGCUGAUGGACGUGGAACAUUUCGUGGUGGCAUACUUCAAGUUGUUCCCUCCACAAGAAGAAAUGGUGCAAGCAAUUGUAGAGCAGGCUGAGCGCGAGCAAUCCGAGGAGCCUCUUGCUAGUCUCGUGCUCAUUUCUGAAGUGCGUUCACUUGGCCAAGACCAGCUUAGCGUGUUGCAACUGAUUUUAGGUACGCUGUUGGCUGCGCUUCGAAUUCUCCGACGCUCAUUGACCACCACCACCCUUCGUCCUGAAACAGCGAAGGUAUUCUACGAGAAACUUAUCACUGGAUUGGGCCAGUUUCUGGUGACUCAGCUUGAAGAGGCAGUGCCGGCACUCGUUCUUCUUGCUCGUCGCGAUAAGAAAACUCAUUUGGGUCGUUUUGUCAAGUCUACGAUAUCUCAAGUCAAUCAAUUGACGCGUGACCCCUCAAAUCCGCAAAAGUUGGCCAAGCUUUGUCGCUUACUUGGUCUUUUCAUCCACUAUGGUGAUUGGGAAAGCCUUCGAGAGGUAGCGGUCCCCCAAGCGCCUCAGCUGGAACUGGUGGUAAGUUUCAUCUGUCGAUUAUUCAUGGCUGUCAUUUCAAACUCAAAUAGUGAUGAAGUCAAAGAUGCGGCAGUGAACGGGCUUUUGGAGGUUUGCUCUACCCACCCACUGUUGUUCAAGAAUCCUCGCAUUAAACGGGUGAUCAAGCAAUGUUUUGAGAACCCUGCGUUGGUGGUCACCAUCACCUCCAAAUUGCUUUUGGUGAUUGGUGGGUCAAUCGAUGAGAAGACGCCGCUGUUUGCUCUUGACCACAAGUCAGUGGAGAUCGCCCCCAUGGUCGUCGACGAAUACUUUGAUCAUGUGCGGUCAAUGAUGUAUAGCCUGGCCGCCUGUGCACGAUUCGUGUAUGCGGUGAUGGAACAAGGGCUCACUCUCCCAUCGCGGUGUAUUGGACCCAGCAUUGCGUUGAUGGCUCACCAUGACCCUGAAUUCCGCAGCAUCGCUUCACGCGGGUUUGCUUUGGCUGUGGCAAAACACGCAUCGUUGAUUGACUUUGAGGAUGGUCUUCGCCAGGGUUUUGAUUAUGCCGGCCCUACUGCAAACUACAUUGGCUAUGUCCAUCAACAGUUGGCGUUGGCAACGGCGGCAGUGCUGACGGGAUCGAAACAAAUUCAUAAUCGCCUAACGCGCAAGCUCUUCGAAGCCGUGACUCGGAUGCUUGAUGACGACACAUUAGUGGACACGAUCGCUCGCAACUUGGUUGAUAUGAGCUUCAGUACGGCAGCGGAGGUGUUGAUGGUGGUAAAACUGAUCGAAGACGAGCUUACUGGUCCCGGCCAGGACGCAUUGAAUGAAGCUCAAGACGACGAAGACGUGACCGAGGAAACGAUGAACAAGUACUUGGUGAUGGUUGAGUUAUUGCGUACACUCAUGACAAACUACGGGAUUACCGAAGAUGAACUUGAGCUGUUCAAUCCGAAAAAGAUCAGUAAAAAGCUGGGGAGAGUGGUCACGAAAUCAGAUCUCCGCCAGUUCAAUCCUCCAGCCGUGACUAAGGAGAAAUUCAUCGAAGAGUUAGAUACUUUUUGA